ACAACAGGACAUGUGUUUAGACUGUGACGCUCCUGUAUGUGUGUUGUAUUUAAAAAUGUAUGCGUCAGUAUUUUUUUAUGAGCUCGUCCUGCACGCGUGGGAGGCAGAAUAAGCAGAUAUAUCACGAGAUCUGACUGACUCUGGAUAUCAGUAGUCUCCGGCCAGACAGAUCGAGGAGUCUUGGACAGAUCGGGGCUGAACUUGUACCAGAACGCCCUCUCGCGACAAUCAGCUGACAGAAGUGUAUAUAUCCAACAUGGCAUCAUGACAGAAGAGGAGCCGUCAGUUGGUCCGUCACCAUCAGUUACCAUAGAAACCACCAAACAAGCCACGCUAGCUACGUUUAACAGGUCACCGUCAAAAGAUGCAAUGAAAGAGUAUCUGGAGAAAAAAGAGAGGGGUGAGCUUACUGCCCAGAAAGUAGACUUCCUCAAACAGAACAUUUUGACACCGGUGAAUCUCACUGUGACAAAUGAUGGAAUAUUGCACUUUGGGGAUGUUGUGAUGUUGGUGAACGUGGGAGGAAAAAAGAGGAAGUGCAGUGCACUGAGCAUUAACGCAGACAUCAACAGUUUGACGAGGAUUCCUGCGCCUAGCAUUCAAGCCCCAUGUGGAGUCAGUGCAGGAAAAGGCAUUCAGGCCUGCAAGCGCACUGCCUUCAUCAUUACCAGUGUAGAUGGCAGUCCUGAAGGAUCAACUCUGCAUUUUGAGCAGAGUUUUGCCCUGAAAACAACAAGUGGCAUUGCUGGGGGACUUUACUUGACAAGUGACCUGCGAAGUUUUCAAAAGUGUGCGAAGAUGUCCCGGUUACAAGAAGUAAACUUGGAUGACGGCGGUUCCUUCCUGUCAUGGUGGAAGAUAGUUCACUUUGACCCCCAGGAGAGGCUUGAAUAUGAGGGUCAGCCUGUCCCUGCUAAUGUGAGCGUGUUGAUAAUACACUGCAAGACAAACCAGGCUCUUGCUGUUCUGGGUGAUCACGUCCUUUGGACCACUUAUGGCAAAGAGUAUGAGAUGACGGCUCACACCUUCCUGGACUCCCACAAAGCUGAGCAGGACAACAACCACUGGAUACUGUGCACCUGUGACCCUGCAGGCAACGGGCUCGUACUUCCCAACCAACCACAGUCAGCAUCCAACAACAAGGAGCACACACAGGCAAACCCUGGCAUCUAAAUCUAACACUAUCCUCUCUCAUGCUGUAACAUGUACAAUUAGGGCAGAAAGAUACCACAUCAUUUUUUUUUUUUAAAUAAAGGUUGUUUUUUGUUC